GAAUUCUAUCUGGCCACCCUGUAGAAGAACCUGACUCAGUUUCGAGAUCAAGCAAAAACGGCAUUAGUUUUGGACGGACUAUCAAUUUAUUUACCUAUUAUAAUUUUAACUAUCCUCAGUGCCAUAAAUAACAAUUUACGUAUAAUGUACACGCCUCAUCUUGUCUUAACAACAAUUACCCUUUUGCUACCGGCGAUCUUUUGCCUGCAGAAAGAGUUGACUAUAAUUAUUUCGCCGGGCGCAAAAGAUUGUUUCUAUGAGGCUGCUAAAGCUGGUCAAACGGUAGAUAUUGAGUACCAAGUAAUCGAUGGAUCCCACGGCGAUUUAGACAUAAGCUUUAGUGUUGCUGACUCUUCCGGGCGCCUUUUGUAUGCCGACUAUAAAAAGUCGGACAACAUUCAUCGUUUCCGGCAGUCGCAUGAUACGGAGCUUACAUUUUGCUUUAGCAAUGAAUUCAGUCGUAUAAAUAGCAAAACGGUAUUCUUCGAAAUAAUAAUAGAGAAAGAAGACGAGGAUGCCGGGUGGAGUAAUUUCGAUAUACUCGAAGGAUUAAGUCCGGAAGAGUUUUAUGAUAUGAAGGUACAGGAUAUAGAAGAUAUUAUCAAGCGCGUCCGAAACAAUUUAACAAAGGCUCGACAGUUCCAGGAUAUGCUUCAGUCGCACGAAGCGCGUGAUCGAAAUAUCGCCGAAGAAAACUAUUUCAAAGUCAACGCUUGGUCGUUUUUCCAAAUCAUAGUCAUGGUAGGUGUAGGUUUUUGCCAAGUAGUCAUGGUCAAGAGUCUGUUCGAUACCGAUUCAAAGGCACACAAAUGGUGGAGCAAAAUGUGAAACUGUGGAUCUCUCAUAUACUAUGUAGCGUUAACCUGGACUUUAAUUAUCACGGCUUAGCUUGUUAGCAGGGAACAGCCUAAAACUCAAAUCACUAAUACCAAAAUAAUUUUAAGAUCGAUCGAAUCGGUGAAUAUACUGUGCCAGUUUUGUAUAAAA